UGAACCUCCCGAAGUCCAAUAUCUUGGAGAUAAUAUCUAUCCUGUUAUAAACUCGGUCGCUUUAAAACAACACGGUAAUCGUGGCAGUGGUGGAACAGUAUGGCUACGUGCAAAGUUAUUUCAAUUCGUUGAAAAUUAUCGACCUGCAUAUUAUGGUACAUGGCGACGUCGUAGUCGUAUUGUUACUGGUCGUAGACCAUUUGCUCGUGAUGAUUAUCAACUUGAUUAUUCCAUCGAUUCAGAUGAUGAAUGGGAAGAAGAAGAACCUGGUGAAAGUAUUACACAGUCUGAUAAUGAAGAUGAAGAAGACGAGGAUGAGGAAAAAGAUGGUGAUGAAGAUGACGAUGAUCAGUUCUUUGUUCCACACGGUUAUUUAUCUGAUGAUGAAGGUGUGGCUGCAGAAGAAAGUGAAGGUCCGAUCCCUGAUGAAAUGAAGCAGUUGCGUCAACGGUUAUCUGUUGCAGAGUAUGAAGCAGCUCAUCGUCGUGGACUUCAACGUUUAAAACCAUUAUUACUAGGACCUUUAUGGUUGCCUGAACCAGUUGAACGUUGUAUGCCAAGCAGUAACGCAACUACUAAUAAUACUACUAGUGCUGCCACUAAUAAUAAUAAUCAUUUCGAAGAGAAUAAAGAAAACAUCGAAUUACCGGAAAGAUUUAUUCUCAGUAAGCAGACCAAUGAGAAAACUGAAUCCCAAUUAAUGAAAUCUGUUUUAAGCGUCUAUCGCGUGCAUUUAUGGACAAUAAAUUUUCCGAUUUCUGUUAAACCAGAUAUUGGUGCCACUACUACGACUUCAAGAAGACCGAAAAAAUCUGUCCCAGAAGAAGCGAUGGCGUAUUUUAUUCAACUUGUUCAUCGAAGUCCUUUGGGAAAGCAUAAAUUAGCUUUUGAGUUCCGUGUUUUUUGGCAUCGUCAUACUACUGGCAUCCUACCAGAAUGCUUACAAUAUAUGGAAUAUAAAAAAUAUAAUGAUUCUGCAGUGGGUUCAUCAGUCUCACGUAGCGGUCUUUUUGUAUUUACUGGUCCAGUUUGGGAUAGUUUACCAUUAAGUCAAUCACUUGUGUUAUCCAAAUUAUCUCAGAUCGCGGUUUUCACUGAGGGAAGGUGGAUGGUUAACUUAGAAGUACUUCAGAAAUAUGCUUCGCGUCUUUGUAAUCUGUGCAAUAUUCAAGAAUUAAGUGGUGGUAUUGCUAGUAGUUUGGACGAAGUUGAUAAAGAUUAUUUUCAUAAUUUCGUAUUUCCUCCAUGGGAAUAUUUAACAGAUGUAGCAGUAACUAAUAUCAGAGUAAAUCGCGGUGCAUCAACAACUAGUCGUCGAUCUCUAGAAGUACCACAAUCACAAUUACAAACAACUGUAGAUCGUUUACAUGAACCGCACAAAAAUCCUCUACAAUCUUCGGAUGUUGUAGUAUCAAGUAAGCAAACUGAUAAGGAAUUAUCAAUUCAUAAGAAUGAACAAUUGUCUCAAUCUAAAAAAACUCAUUUAUCUGAAAAAGACAUUAAUUUAUCGGUUAACAUAAGUCAGGCGAACUGUUCUUCAAAAGUGACUACUACUAUUGCUUCUACUGGUUCGUCUCAUAUUCCACGUCGAAGAAAAGGAGUUACUAACAAAAUUCCCACAAGUGAAAAAGACACUCCCUCGUCUGUCAAUAACAGUAAAGAAAACUGUUCUUCUCCGAAAGUGACUACUACCACUGGUUUAUCACAAACUCCAGGUCGAAAAAGAGUAACUUUGGAUUCAUUCCUUAUACCACCUGCAAAACGAUCAAACGUUAAUUUAUCUUCUGAAAUUCAGUCAGAUUAA